AUGGAAGCAGAAACGGUUACCACUCCUAGUGAUGUACCUGUCUUCGAUAUGAUGACAACCGUGUUGACAGCGGCACUUGUCUCACUAAUUGCCUAUUUCGGCCAUGGCCCCCUCUACGACCUCCUCUUCCAACCCUCAACAAAGACAAAGUCACUUGGGGCAGAUGCAGAUAAUGAUUCUGAUGUCUCAAGCGAUCUAUGCAUUGUCAAGAGGUUAGAAGAGGAGGAAAAGAACUGUGUGGUCCUAUUUGGGUCUCAAAGUGGAAACGCACAGGAAUUCGCUGAGAAGCUUGGUCGUGAAGCCCAUACCCGGUUUUCCCUACGUUCGAUGGUCGCCGAGAUCGAUGAGUAUACUUACCAGAACUUACACAAGCUGCCCGAGAGCACCAUCGUGUUCCUCGUUCUCGCCUCAUAUGGCGAUGGAGAGCCAACGGAUAAUGCGGAACAGUUUUACAAGUUCUUGACUAAUGAGGACGACGAUGGACCGUUUCAUCGCCUUCGAGAACACGGUCUUCAGAACAUGACAUACGCCGCCUUUGGAUUGGGAAACAGUAGCUAUGCCCACUUCAACGCUGUGAUCCGCAAGGUCGAUGACAGACUCCAUCUCUGCGGUGCCAGACGGCUUGGCCCUCUCGGCGAAGCUGAUGACGGCAAGGGAACAAACGCUGAGGAUUUCAUCGACUGGAAAGACAAAAUGUGGCCUCAAGUCAUGGAAGCUUUUGGUCUGGUCGAGCAUGACGCUGGAGAGCGAGAGCCUGCUUUCGAGGUGAUUGAGACGCCCAACCACCAUGGCCCAAUCUGCCAGGCAGAUUACACAGACAGGAACCUCGCACAGCAGGCGCAAGCAGUAACAAACCACUGCUUUGCCCCUAUAUCGAACUCAAGGCUGCUCUCAGAUGCCGGUGGCCGUUCCUACAUACAUGUCGAGCUGGACAUCAAGAACGUCAAACUUGACAUUCAGACUGGCGACCAUCUCUCUGUUUCUCCUAUCAAUUCCGAUGUCGAGGUCGAGCGUUUCUUGAGGGUGUUUGGGCUAUGGGAGAAGCGACACGACACCAUUCGUGUAAGGUCGCUGUCGGAUGACCUGAGUCCGCCGUUCCCGUCACCGUCCAGCUACGAAUCUGCAGCUCGAUUUUAUAUCGAUAUCUGUGGGCCUGUCUCCCGCGAAGUCAUAUCCACCUUUGCGAAUUUCGUUUCGGAUCCUAAGCAAAAGGCCACGCUUCGUCAACUCGGCAAGGAUAAAGAGAACUUCUUGGCUCUCACUCGCGGUAACUUCUACAACAUCGCUUCUAUGAUGGAGGCCUUGUUUCCAGGGGAGACCGUCAAUGUUCACUUUGCAAUCAUCAUCGAGGCGUUGCCGAAGCUCCAGCCGAGGUACUACUCCAUAUCUUCUUCUUCCGCCCUUGAUGCGGACAAAGUCUCCAUCACGGUGGCUAUCGAGUCGUUUUCAAUCCACAACACAAAUCGGCACUUCUCAGGCGUUGCGACGAAUUUCAUUUUAGACGUUGUUUCCACCCAAGAUGAAGUCAUUUCCAGGAGUCGAGUACAGCCGAUGGCUUACACGCUGCCAACAAAACGACCUCAUCCGCAGCCCUGUCUUUCAGUGUUUGUGCGGACUUCGACAUUUCGAUUGCCGCCUGAUCCGACAGUACCUAUUCUUAUGGUUGGUCCUGGCACCGGUGUCGCGCCAUUCCGUGGAUUUGUCCGAGAAAGAGUCGCGGUGCAUCGACAAGGCAAAGACUUUGCGCCCAUGACGUUAUUCUAUGGCUGUCGCAAGAGGACUGAAGAUUUCUUGUACGAGGAAGAGUGGAAGGCAUAUACCGCUGAGCUGGGCUCCAAGUUCAAGAUGUACACAGCCUUUUCGCGAGAGCAGAAGAAGAAGGUGUAUGUUCAAGAUCUUAUUCUUCAGCAAUCCAAAGACGUAGCUUCCCUGAUUCAGAACAAUGGCUACGUGUAUGUUUGCGGUGACGUAGGCAUGGGUCGAGGAGUGACAGAGACGCUUUGCAAGGUCCUUGUUUCUGAGAACAGCGGCUCUUUUGAGGAUGCAGAGCGGAUAUUGUCCGAUAUGCGGCAUUCACAUCGAUAUCAGGAAGACGUCUGGUAG